AAGUAAUAUAAUAAAUCCGAGAUCUAGGUUAUGAAACUAUGAUAAUUUCCUAGAAAACAAAUUAAAAUAAAUAAUAAAAUCUUAUUCUCAAUCAACUCAACAUUAAAAAAUAAAAUUUUAAAAAAUAUUAAAAAAAUCUAAAAAAACAAUGAGUUAACUUGUCACAUCUGUGAUCGGGAUCAUAAAACUGAUAUGACCUCAUUGAAAGCAAAUUAAAAUAAAUUACGAAGUCUAAUUCUUAAUUGACAAAAUAUUGAAGGAUAAGAAUAAAAUAAGAAAUCAAUUAAGAAAAAAAUAUAAAAACAACCCGAGUCAUCAAUCCAUCAAACCCAUCACCCCCGAUCAUGACACUGAGAUAAUUCAUCGCUAUACCUGUUGAUGAAAUUACUGAUAAAUAUGAUAUCAGUGAUGAGAUACUUUAUGAUAACAUGUUUCCAUUAGUAAUUUUUAUACCAAUAAAAUUUGUUUGUUUAUACUAAUAUAAUAUUCUGUCAAUGUUUUGAAUUUUUCUGGUUGUGUUCUAGUUAUCACCACUCAUAGUAGCAAUGAUAGAGGAAUCAAAAUUCAAAACAUAUAAAGUUUGUACAAUUACAAAUAAGCAAUAAAGCUUACAAAAACAUGCUACGAAACUAAACAUGAGAUAUUUACCAAUGUAAAAUAAUCCAACCAAAUAAAUAAACAUGUCAUUAUAAUCUACAAGUGAAUAUGAAAAAAAAUAGCUCACAAAGAAUAGAAGCAAAUAUGAAAAAGACUCCAUAAAAGUUUUGAAAAAAAAAAAAUGAAAAUGAAACGCAGAAAAUCUCCGUAAGGACCACAGGACAGACAGCCUUCACCACCUGCUCUCAAGGCUUAGAAAUGGUAUGGAGCUUGGUGAAGCAGCUAUAGUCAUAAGGCCGGCGUAACUUAAUAUCGAACAACCACUCGAUUGUUUAUAUGUUGAAGAUCUUCUCUUUUUCCAUCGAUUGUGACUUACAAACUCUCUCUGUUUUAUAAGAUCUUCGUGUCCUCCCGACCCGAGAGAGCUGGCUAGCUAGCACCACAUCCAUCUCAAAUUCAAACACCUUAGAGGGUUUUUUUUUUAAUUCUUUUUGGUCAUCGUGGCCCUUUUUUUGGGCUAUAAACUUCCCCAUCUAUCCAAGGUCUUCGACUCUUUGUAUCUGGGCUUCAAUCCUUAUGCUAAGCGCAUGCACUGAUGUGAUCUAGGAUCAGAUGUAAGAUGGAGGGAAAUGGCAAUAACAUCAUUAAUUAAAAGAAAAAAAAAUUAUGGCGAAAUGGCAUCGUGUUAUCCUCUAAAACACAGACAAAGGAGGAAGGCCUCUCCAUGGUAAGCGUAUAAAUACAUUUAAGGAAAUAAUUUACGAGUGCAUGAAUGAAACCAGUUCCCCCACUCCUAAAAAAAGAAAAGAGAAGAGAAGUGAUGCACAAAGCGACAAAGCAGAGGAGGCUCAUUGACUGGAAAACUUAUAUAAAGAACAUCAAAUCCCCCCUUUUCCCACAAUCCCUUCAUGUUUUGUCUCCUCUCCUGGAUCCUAGAUCCCUUACCAGAAGUACAGAAAUACAAACCAGACACUAACAACGUUUCAAUAACCAAAUCACUAGAAAUCUAAUAACAAUAAUAAAAUAACUGUAAAAAAUGGGGGUGCCUCAAACAAUGGAGGCGCUAAGAGAACGAGCUGAAUUCAUAAAAGAAUCAUUACAAAAAAGCCAAACCAUCACUGAUAACAUGGUCUCCAUCCUUGGCUCCUUCGACCAUCGUCUCUCCGCCUUAGAAACCGCCAUGCGUCCCACUCAGAUAAGGACGCAUUCGAUUAGAAGAGCACAUGAAAAUAUUGAUAAAACGUUGAAGGCAGCAGAGGUCAUUUUAUCUCAAUUUGACCUCACGCGAAAGGCAGAGGCUAAGAUACUGAGAGGGCCACAUGAAGAUUUGGAAAGUUAUUUAGAAGCGAUUGAUCAGCUAAGAAGCAAUGUGAAAUUUUUUAGCAGCAACAAAAGCUUUAAAUGCAGUGAUGGCGUGCUUAAUCAUGCCAAUCAGUUACUUGCUAAAGCUAUUUCUAAGCUUGAAGAGGAGUUUAGAAAGCUUUUAUCUAAUUACAGCAAGCCGGUGGAACCUGAUCGACUUUUUGAAUGUCUUCCUGACUCUCUACGUCCAUCAUCAUCUGGAUCGCCUAGGAACCAUGGUGAUGGCAGCGGCAAGAGUCUUAUUGAUCACCAAGAAAAGAGCUUAGAAAAUGCUGUUUACACGCUCCCAAUUCUUAUUCCGCCGAGGGUUCUGCCACUGCUACAUGAUUUAGCUCAACAAAUGGCUCAAGCUGGUCAUCAACAACAGCUAUUUAGAAUCUACAGGGACACUCGUGCUUCAGUUUUGGAACAAAGCCUCAGGAAGUUAGGAGUUGAGAGACUUGGUAAAGAUGAUGUCCAGAAAAUGCAGUGGGAGGUCCUGGAGGCUAAGAUUGGGAAUUGGAUACAUUAUAUGCGGAUUGCUGUUAAACUGCUAUUUGCUGGCGAAAAGAAAAUUUGUGAUCAAAUACUUGAUGGGGUUGAUUCACUCCGGGAUCAAUGUUUUGCUGAAGUCACCGUAAACAGUGUGUCUGUGCUUCUUAGUUUUGGAGAGGCCAUAGCCAAAAGCAAGAGAUCACCAGAAAAACUAUUUGUUCUAUUAGAUAUGUAUGAGAUUAUGCGAGAACUUCACUCAGAGACUGAAUUACUCUUUGGAAGUAAAGCCUGCAUUGAAAUGCGGGAGGCUGCAUUGAGUUUAACGAAGCGACUAGCUGAAACGGUUCAAGAGACCUUUGUUGAUUUUGAAGAAGCUGUAGAAAAAGAUGCUACCAAAACCACUGUUCUAGAUGGAACCGUCCAUCCUCUGACUAGCUAUGUGAUAAAUUACGUGAAGUUUCUCUUUGAUUACCAAUCUACUUUGAAACAGCUCUUUCGAGAGUUUGAUGCAAGUGAUCCGGAUGCUCUGUUGGCAUCUGUAACAACAAGGAUUAUGCAGGCUCUUCAAAAUAGCCUAGAUGGGAAAUCAAAGCAGUAUAGAGAUCCUGCUCUGACUCAAUUAUUUCUUAUGAACAACAUUCACUAUAUAGUGAGAUCCGUGCAGAGGUCAGAAGCGAAGGAUUUAUUGGGUGAUGAUUGGGUGCAAAUACACAGAAGGAUAGUGCAACAGCAUGCUAAUCAGUAUAAGAGAAUUUCCUGGGCAAAGAUCCUGCAGUGUCUCUCUGUUCAAGGUGGUGCGUCAGGCGGUGGCAGUGCAAUGGGAGCUGAUGGCAGUGCCAGUGGAAUUUCAAGAGCAAUGGUGAAAGAUAGAUUCAAGACCUUCAAUGCCCAAUUUGAGGAGCUUCAUCAAAGACAAUCUCAAUGGACUGUUCCAGACAGCGAGUUGCGCGAGUCUUUGAGGCUGGCUGUUGCUGAAGUUCUCUUGCCUGCAUAUAGGUCAUUUCAAAAGCGUUUUGGGCCUAUGGUUGAGAAUGGAAAAAACCCUCAGAAGUAUAUUAGGUACUCUCCUGAAGUCCUUGAUCGCAUGAUGAACGAGUUCUUUGAGGGUAAGACAUGGAAUGAGCAAAAACGGUAAACAUUUGCGAGAAAGAUUUAGGCAUUUGGCACCAUUUAUUUUCCUGUACAACUACAAGGUCAAAUAAUAGGUGGCUUGAUAUAUCCACGAUCCACAUUAGGCUUGUAUUCUUCUUCUUUAAGUUUUGCUGUUAUUUCCCAACUACUGAGUCCUGAGUAUGUUUCAUUCAAGGCAUAUAUGUAAUAAGCACACUUUACCAACAAAAUGUACAACCUACCUCCUAUGGCGGGAUAAACAAACGAAAACAAAACAUUUACACUC